CACGCAAAUGCGUCGUUUCUGCUCUCAUCAGCAGCAGCAUCCGUCCAUCAGCGAAAUGACGGCGCGCGCAUCACUGGCCCGAGCGCAGGGCAGCGCCAACAUCCAUGAACAAACUUCACUGGGAUCCUGCACAACAGCGUCGACGGAAGAGCAGAGGAUAGAGAUCUGAUCUGAGGAAUCCUUGUAAUUGUGCCGUUACAAGGUGUGAGUCCUCACCCAUGUCCCUCUCAGUGAACCGAAGGCCAUCUGCUGGUUCCCGCAGAAGGCCUGCUGCCCCAAGCAGCACUCGACACUCGCAUGGAGACUCGUCUGUCCGUAGCAGUUACUCAACAGCGUCCUGCAAGUGCACAGAGAGCAAUACUGUACCACGCUCCAACCCAGCCACACCACGACGGCAGGCAAAAUAUGCAACCUGUAGUGAGAAUCAUGGGAUCCGUCCGCCUGCUCCUGAGCAGUAUCUCACCCCACUGCAGCAGAAGGAAGUGUGUAUUCGCCACUUACGAGCUCGGCUGAAAGAAAACGUGGAGAAGCUUCAGGACCAAGACUCUGAGAUCGAGGAGUUACGGAUGCAGCUGACUCGGAUGCAGGAGGAUUGGAUCGAGGAGGAAUGUCAUCGCAUAGAGGCCCAGCUGGCACUAAAAGAGGCCCGGAAGGAGAUCCGGCAGCUUCAGCAGGCUGUGGAAACCGUUAGGUCCAAUCUGGGGCCCCAUGAGGCAGAUCAACAGGACUGUAAGUCUGAAGGUCUGGGGGUCGGUAGGAUAGGCCCACGAUUUGGGGCAUCCAGGUCUUGUGGAUGCUCUCCGGCCCACACCAUGAGUCGCAGCGCCACCUUCACCAGGCUGAGCAGUGACACGUCACCUGGCGCUACAGAUCGCAACGGAAACGUACGUUCUGAUCGCUACAUUCCUGCCAACAGAGGGGCGAUGACGUUACCAAGAGGGGACGGACGCACUCAUCUACUUCUGGAAGCAGCUCUACUGUCCGAGCAAGUUCCUCACACGACACUAUGCUCCACUUUGUCGCGAUCCUCCACCUGCGAGAGAUUGUGCAGUGGCGAGACGGUGUUGCCCGUUAGCCGAUCCUGCCAUGCUAUUAACAACAACUGCAGCUGUGCUCCACAUGCCUACCUCCCACACCACCAUUUGUUUUUGCACCUCCCACAGGAGGAAGCACCACCUCCUCCUACGCCUCCUCCACCACCGCCACCACCAACAGCGCCCCCUUGUGCAUCGGAGGUCAGUGACAGACCAGGGUACCGGUCACAGGCCUGCAGCCCCACCAUAACCUGGAUCUCCGAAGAGGGCGCAGGUGAGGAAUUGAGCGUAAUCACUUCGGCAACUUGCGCACCAGAUGUUACUCUAGCUGAGCCGCAGGUGUUUUCGCCAUCCUCUGCAACUACUUCCCCUGCUCAGAUGUCAUACGUCACAGAAACUUUGCCGCUAGACAACACAGUUGAAUUUACAUCAUCAACAACGACGCCGACAGUGUUGACGAAGCCACAGGUUCAACAACCUUGUCCCAGAGUGUCACCACCUCUCGAGCCGCCACCACUGGAAGCAGCGGUAGUAAGGGUCAGUGGUGAAGAUGGAGCGGGGGAGGACACAGAAUCAGCUCCCCCUCAGAGGAGCCACUGGAGCCGUUAUUUCCUGAUUGACCUCUUAGCGGUGACCGUUCCUGUAGUUCCCACACUGGCGUGGCUUUGCCGGGGAACGCGCAAUGAAGGCAUGCCAGUGUACAACAUGGGCUCCCUGUUGCGCGGCUGCUGUGCCGUUGCACUGCACUCUCUAAGACGGGUUGGCCGUGGCCGCGGUCCCUCGGGAACAGGAAGAGCAACACCUAUCUGAUAACUUUAGCAUUACCGUACCAUCAAAGACUUUUAACUGGAUCUUGAGUGGAGUCUUUGUCCUUGAUCUCCCAGUAGGUACUUUGUUUUGAACCAAGGAGGCCUCAAUCCGUCAUACCAAUGCUUGUUUGGGACAAAGAUCGAGGGAAUGUGGCCCUAAUUUGCACAGACACUCACAAGUUUCAAGGCUGUUGCUCAUUUCCACCAUUUGUUUUUCUUUUCCUUCUGGUUCUCUUAUCUGCUUUAUUUCCUCCCAUUUCUGGCCGAAACUCAGCAGGCAGUACACAGUCAUAAAUAGCUGCAAACAAGAGUCCAAGCUGAGCAGAGAAGUCACAGUGUACAGAAAUUUAGGCCUUAAGAUUAAAAAAAUUAAUAAAUAUUAAACGCCUUGAAAUUUCAUUCUUAUGUAAACUGUUCUAUUUAACUGAAUUCAUUCUGCUAUUGUUUCCUGAGUGAGGCCAGUUCACAACAAAAUUUUGCAUGCGACUUUAGGUAGGUUACAUAGACAUUGCUGAAAAUUGUUCUUCAUGAGAAGAGGAAAUUUCAGGUCCAUAGCUCAAACAAAUUAGCAAGGCUAGGCUUUCAAAUUUUAAACCUUUACAUACCUGUUUCAAAGCAACCAUUGUGCGAAUCUUAUUUCACAAGAAACAUAACUUUUCACAAUUAUAGACAAAAUUGCAUUUGUUUAAAAGGGGAAAAUAAUAUUAAAUGGUAACUGCAUAAGAAUCAAUAGGCACCCUGCAACUUUGAUGUUUGGAUCUCUAAAAAAAACCUUGCUUCUGUCAUUACUUAAAUAGAACUAAAACACUGAUCCGAUAACAUGAAAAUGCGGAGUGUUUUACGGAUCAAUAUUCUGAUGUCAUUCUGCACUUUUCUACUAAAGUUUAGCGUUAGUUGUUUUAUCAGUUAUAUACGUGCAUUAAUAAUAUGAGCAAAAAGAAACUGCUUUACUGUGCUUUUUUUGCUCAUUACUGUAGAAAAUAAUUUUCAAAAAUGCCAGAUUUCAUUGAUAAAGCAAUGGAAGGUGAUGGCUUAAAAUGAAUUUACUAAUCUGUCCUUUGGGUGGUGGAUUUUUCUGCUCUUUUAAACUGUCUCAGGUGGAACUCAGGUGAACAGAACUAGAGAGGAUGUAAACUUAGCGGAAUCCAAUGUCAAAACAUUAAUUCAUUAAAAAAACAAAGGUUUAUAUAGAAGAACAAUAGUUGUGAAAAUAUAGGUUUACCGUCACAAUAGGCUUGUUUUUAAUCUAAGGGUGUUUUGAUGACCAUCACUUCACAAAACAAAUGGGUCUUUAACUGUUGCAUGCAGAUUUCAGUAAACUCUAUUAGGGAAAUACUUGCAAUUAAUUCAUGCGUUUGUUAAGCAAAGGUUCUUUGAAGUAGCACAAAAGAAAAAAACUGGAUAAUCAUGGAGUUCCAGUAGAUUAUUGUAAGGGCUUAGAUUGCAUGUUAGCACAAUAAUUCCUUGUAGUUAAUUACCAGUAAACUUAAAGAUUCUGUUUCAAAUAGACAUUCACAUGAACAACUCAUCCUAAUUUGAAGAGUCUCAUUGAAAAAAAAAAUGAUUGUGUGUUUAGACAGCGCCCAUCAACAUUCAGCCAUAAUUGUAAAUUUGGAUUAUUUGAUUAAGCCGCCCCUUGAAAAUAAAAGUGUUCAAUUAAAAUGACAAAGCUUCUGUUGUGCUAACGACUGUUUUUUAUUUAUUUUUUUACACCCUGUGCUCACUUAAAAGCAAAACACUGAUACAAAACAAUUACAGGUAAUCAGAACAUAAUUGAUG